GGGUUAUUAACUGAUAACGCUCCCGCCUUCACCUUUAAAACAUUAGCGCGUUGCUCUUUUUGUUUUGUGUCUAUUUGUUUCCAGGAGAAACCAGGAGGCGGAGGGAAUCCCUGAAUAAGAGUAAAAAAAAAACUCAACACCUAACCGCCAAUAGCAGAUUAGAGGACGUCGCUUCCCGCUCUGCAGUCCGCCCGGGGAGAGUAUUUAGGAGCGGAGCUCGUGCAGGAGAGGAGACAACAGGUGCACCGGGCACGACCAGGUCAGCCUCCUCUCACAGGCUCAGGGGGAAGGAAACGAGACUCAUGGGAACAGAAGAUGCGGCUGAAACUCACAACUGGAGGUCCAAAUGAAUGGGACAAUAUGAGGGAGAUGUUCAGAGAUUUUGUAGGAAAGAGGAGGCAGAGCCCCUUUGAGGGCCAAAACGACGCUCAUCACGUGUUAUACAAGCGCUUCAGGAGGCGGGUCACCCGGAGGAGCAGCAGAGAGGCCCCUGCUGUGAGUUCGCCUCUGGCCUCUGGGCGGCACUGUGAGCUAAGCUUUGAGUUUGACCCAGUCUGUCAGAGACUGGAGCUGGACUCUCCACCGAGACACCGAGGACCGGCCCAGACAGUCCUGCAUGGAAACCUUCACGCGUUGGAGAGAGGCGUGUCCCACUGCAGGGCUGUCACAUCAUCGAACACGCCACACACCAUCUCUGCCAUGGGGCAUCCUACCACACAACAUUUCUCAGAACAGGGAUGGAUGUGGAGAGCUGCAGUUCAAGAGCAUGACAGUGCACAACAGACUGGUUCUGAUGCGAGAAGACAUGAUUUGCAGCCGUUUGCUGUUCUGGACAAAGCUGCUGUGAGUCUGCAGGGAAAGUCAGUGAUGAGGCUGGCAGCACCGUCACUGCAGAACGACUACUACACUAACGUCCUCGACUGCAGUUGUAACGGUAUGAUUGCAUUAGCACUGGGCUCUUCUGUUUACCUCUGGAAUUCAGAGACCCGUGCUCUGGGGGGAUAUUUGGACCCGAGUCCACAAACAGGACGAGCGCGCCGCCAUCAGUCGGUCUCAUCUCUGUGCUGGAGCAGGGAUGGCAGAGCCCUCUGCAUCGGGACCAGGCGAGGAGAGAUACAGUUGUGGGAUGUUGAAAAGAAGCAGAAUAUGAGGUGUCUACCGUCACACCUGUCUGUGGUCGGAGCCCUUUCCUGGAAACAUCAAUUACUCAGCAGCGGCUCUGUUCUCGGACGUAUCCAUCACCUCGACCCUCGGGCUCCUGCACCUCUGGUGGGUGCAGCUGUCCAGAAGACGGGGAUCUGCAGCCUUCAGUGGUCGCCAGGAGAUGACUGGCUGGCCAGCGGGUCCACGGACGGCCUCCUCCAUAUAUGGGAUGGUGACGUCGCAGGGCUCGCAAGGUCAAAACAACCAGUGACUACAAUGACACAACCCACUGCCGUUAAGGCAAUGGGAUGGUGUCCAUGGCAGAGAAAGACGAUCGCUACGGGAGGUGGAUGGAAAGACGGAGAACUGAGAAUCUGGGACACACAAUCGGGGACUUGCGUGACUUCCACCAGCACAAACUCACAGAUCUGUUCCCUACGAUGGGCUGAAAAGAAGAGAUAUCUGGUCACAGGUCACGGUCUUCCUCAUCACCAAAUCAUCUGCUGGACCUCAGAGUUUCCCUCCCUCAAACCAGUCUACCAGCUCACAGGUCAUUCUCGUCGAGUCCUGCACGUGGCCUUGAACCCUGACAGCACUCAGAUUUUCUCUGCUGCAGUGGACCAGUGCUUUCACAUCUGGGACCUCUGAUUAUCAACGUCAGCAACAUGGACGGUGAAUGUGGUUGGGUUAUGGUCAGACCUGUAUUGAACGUUGUUAUUUGGUCCGACUUGUAUUGCAAGUUGGUGUCCGCUCACUUUUCUUGGUAAUGCCGCUGUGUCACUGUGUGCUCCUGCACAUUUCAUGCUCCCUGCUCUGAGCUAACCACAUUACCAAGCUAGCUUACCACCAAAUCAACCCUUCCAUCACACCAACACAGUUCACACACCACAAUGUAAAGGUUUCUGUGGCUCCCUCAGGGGGAAUGAUUUUAUUUUUACUUUAGUUUCCACUGCUGAGAGAGUCGCACAAAAAUUCACAACAGUAUAUAAAUGGUAAAUGGACUACAUUUAUAAAGUGCUUUUAUAGUGUAACCCAUGUCCCAUGUAGCUAUGUUAUAUUUAUCCUGAGUGUGUAGUACAAUGGGAAAGGGCCUGAAUUCGUUGUUGAACUGUUAUGUGUAAUAUUACCCUUUAGUUGACCUCUUUCGAUUGAUUUCAAAACUUCCUCAACAAAAUUAAUAAGGACACCACACAACUGUACUUUAAAUGCAAUAAUCCUUUUACAGGUAUUUAUUUACAUAAUGAGAUAAAAUAAAAUUUGGUACUCUUUCAUUGUGAAAUAAAAUAUAAACAAUA